CUCGGCUGUUGCAAACCUCACAUCCUCGAUAUCAAGUCUCCGUCAUUGGCAGUCUGGCCCAUAUUAACGGGACUCGGGCCAGCCAAGCUAUCUCUGGUCCCACGAAGCAAAAGCCGGCAAUCAAUUCAAUGUCACCUACCGCCCAACGUUACCAGAAUGGAGAAGGGGUCUGGACUGGGGACUCUUGUGAGUCGUGACGCGGUCAAUCCUGAUAACUCCGGAUACUUGGCUGCAAUCCUGUGGAUUCUGGUAGUCAUGGGCCACCUCACCGAAGACUUUAGGUCAUCGAGGGUUGAUAACAUGUAGGCUCCCCUCUGCCUCUAUCCUUGCUAAAUCAUUUUUGAAGAUGGGACUCGUUCAACUUUUGGUGGCAGGUUUUGCUGCAGGUGUAGCAGCCGUACCGGGACGACGAUGGGAUAACAAAACUUCUUCCGAAACGAUCCAGAUUCCUCUCGAUUCCUACUUUAACAACAGAGGUUUCGGUCUCGUUCCCGGGGAAGCCAAUUUCGACCAGUUGAAUAACUCAUAUUCCGCAUUGAAUUUGCCAAUUGGAGAAAUAUAUGUUUCGACAAAGACCAAUGUAUCCUAUCUUUUCCCGGGAUACCAAGGACAGAACAAGAGAGACAAUGUUGUAAUGGCGGGGCAGCAAAUUGAGGUGCCUUCAUCACCAUACUUCAGCUUACAGAUGCUCGUGGCUACUGAGUCUGCUGGAGCGGCUGAUAACAUGACUUUUGAGUACACAGACGGGACUUCAACACUGGCCGAAGUCCGAACGAAUCCUUACUCAUCAUUUUUGUCGAUCCUGAAGGGAGAGAUUGUGAUGCCAUCCUACUUCACAAACAAUGACACCAACUUUAACACUUCUCACAUCUUCGAGUAUAUUGGACCACUGGAUCCGUCCAAGACACUUGCCUCCAUCACUCUGCCGAAUACAUCAAACAAGACUUCGAGGAUCCACUUGUUUUCAAUGUCAUUGUACAAGCAGGAUGGUGUGCAAGCUCAAUUCAUCCGGCCAACCCAGAAGCAUGAUAUCAACCGGGUUCAGACAGUUGAGCUCAUCAUUGGCAAUUCUGGUCCCAAUUGGAUUUCCGGAAGUGGGGUCGAGGUUUCCAUUACCGCUCCUGGCAUCAAGACCGUCCAGCCAGGAUACACCAAGAGACUGCGACCUGGAGAUCAGAAGAAGAUCAAUGUCGGCGUCCUUGGGAGUGGAAAUGUCACAGCCCAGGUCCACUUCACUGGGAGCAUGAAUGCUACCUUUUCGGCGGAAAAUGUGAGCUUCGGUUUGGAUGAGUACACCUCGGAUUUCGCAAGUCUGUCUACUCACGAGAGCCCCGAGUGGUUCGAUCAGGCAAAGUUUGGAAUUUUUAUUCACUGGGGCCCAUAUUGUGUGCCUGGCUGGGGCAAUUCCACUCCCUGGGAGAUAUACGCGGAGUGGUACUGGUGGUACAAUAAUCACCGGAAUGCGGACAAAGCCGAUGUAUACAACCACCAACUCGAGACCUUUGGAGGGGCAAACUAUGAUGACUUCUUCACUAACUUCACUGCCGAGAAUUGGGAUGCUAAAUCUUGGGUUGAUCUGAUCGCUGACGCUGGAGCUCAAUACUUCGUCAUUACAACCAAACAUCAUGAUGGCUUCGCGAUGUUUGAUACUGAAGAGACAACCCACCGAAAUUCUCUGCAUUAUGGGCCAAAGAGAGAUAUACUAAGGGAGCUUUUCGAUGCCGCAAAGUCAUAUCAGCCUCAGCUCCGCCGGGGAACAUACUUCAGUCUGCCUGAAUGGUUCAAUCCCUUGUUUGGUCCGUAUGGAUUCUCCCAGACUUCUGGCCCUGCAAGCACCUCCUGGCCUGGUAUCAUAGCACAGAACCCAUACACAGGAUUGGCAGAGCCUUACACGGGAGCACUGAACAAGUCAGAUUUCAUUGUGGAUCUAAUGGUGCCUCAGAUGGAGAUUUUAGCGUACAAAUAUGGGACGGACAUUAUGUGGUGCGAUUGCGGUGCUGCGAAUGGAACUGCAAACUUUGCAGCAAAAUGGUUCAAUGAAGCUGCAUCACAAGGUCGUCAAGUGACGAUGAACAACCGUUGUGGAAUUGCGGCCGGUGCUGAUUUUGAUACUCCCGAGUAUACGACAUUUUCAUCAAUCUCUGAGAGAAAGUGGGAAAGCAAUCAAGGCAUGGAUCCAUACAGCUACGGUUAUAACCGAGCCACUCCACCGGAUCUUUAUAUGAAUGCCUCGACAUUGAUCAACUCCCUGGUUGAUAUGGUCAGCAAGAAUGGAAACUUGCUAUUGGAUGUUGGCCCGAAAGCCGACGGCACAAUCGAUGCAACUGAGAUUGCUCAUUUGCUUGAGGCUGGGACGUGGAUCAAGCCAAAUGCUGAAGCAAUCUUCAACACUACCUACUGGUUCCUCACCCCGGAGGUUGGUGAUCCAACCGAGGAAUUCGUCAUCAAUGCAGCGCUUCCUAUUCUCGAAGGAGAUGUUAUCACCAUGAUUGGGGCUGGAAAUGACACGGAGGCGGCAUGGACCCCCGAAGGAGAGGGUAUUUCAAUAAAUGUCCCGUCUGCUCUUGCGAAUGCAGGAAAGUAUUGCUGGGUUUUCAAGAUCGAGUAUUUUGCAUAA